AUGCCAAAUUUCAUUGAGGAUGAAGCCACGCCGUCACUUCUCAUUGCAAAUCCCCCAGCCGGGGGAAAUCUCAACAGAAAAACCUCUCAAUUUGAUUUCAGUAGUGGGGCGACUUUUAAGAACAUUGAUCAACUCUGCGUAGAUGGAAUUAUUACAGCAACUGAAACCGCUGUUUUUAAGGCAAAAUCUAUGAAGCUGCAUGAAGCAUUGAAAAGAUCGCGAGAGAAUGAAUUCAAGCUUCAUACCUUAAUGAAACACUGCCUCUCAGAACUGAAGCGCCAAGAGGCUGAACUUGCAAAGGCUGAUCAAUUCCCAGACAACGCCGGGACAGAACCACUUAUGCUUCGGGCUGAGAUAAUUAAAACCUACAACAACGCAAUGGAACUAGAGGAAAGAGCAGAAAAUCUUGCUUACGAGGAAGGACUGCUGAGGGAAGAACGAAAGCUUCUAAAGAGAGACUACUCGCGUCUACCCCUGUCGGAGUUGGAAGCUUUGGGUGAAGAUGUCAACAUUUUCGGGGUGAUAGAGCAGCGUUUCAGAGACCUUCAGUCCUUGCAUCAGGAGGCAGAGAUGGAAGUUGAAAUGCUGAAAAUGGAAGCCAAACGAUUUACGGAACAAGCUAGGAUUGCAAAAGAAAAUCUAGAGGAUACCCUCUCCGAAUACACGGAUGUUCAAAGUCGGCUGAAUCGGAUUAAGGUUUGCCUUGUCACCCGAUGGCUGUUUAUAAUGGAGAUGUCAUUUAUCACACUCGUUGGAACAUCUAAUUGCAAAUCGAAUUUCGUUUCUUAUAGGGAAAUUGAAAAGAAUAAGGAGAUAUCCAAAGAAAACAAGAAGAAUUUGGAGGAACGCACUCGAGAUCUGGCAGAUUGGCAAGAUCUUGAAAUGGAAGUACGCACAGAGAAAGCCAAAUUAGCUCAAAGGUUGGACAUCUUCGUGUCGGAGAAGAAAGAGGGUCAGCAGGAGCAGACCAAAUUGAGAUGGGAGAAGGACAAUUAUUUGAAAAAACUGAAAAAUUCCCAAGUCCAAUUAGAAGCCGCGGUUGACAGCGUGAAGAACGCAACAGCUGGAUUUGAGAAAGCCAGAGCCCGUUUUGCAGUCGCUCCGAAAUAUGAUAAAAAUCUUCUGAUACUUAAAGAAAAGCUUGGUGGUCUUAUUGCUGACCUUCAUAAUGAAAUUGCUGAAGAGGAACAUCACAUAGAAGAGGAGCAGAUUCGCAUUAAUGAACUCGUAUCAUCUACAAAAGGGCGACUAAAGGUGUUGGAAAGUAGCAAGGCUGAAAAUCUGGAACUUCUUCAACUAGCAACAACCAUCUCGGAGGAUUUGGCAAAAGCUGUCUGCGAAUUCACUUCCGCUUUUUAUAAGCACUCUCGUCUAUCUGAGGAUUUUCAGGUCAAGAAACAGAUAAUUGAAAGGCAACUAGAGGAACUCGGCAAUUUGGAGGCAAGCCACUUCCACGCAAAUAUUAUUAUUAUUAUUUCAAAUGGCUGGCUUUAUGAUAUUUAUCAUUAGUCCUUUAGAACUUUGACUUCAGCUUUCCUCAUGGGUGGGGGGUACAUAUAUAGAAGUUAAUUGAUAGCAGUUCAUUAG